UGUGCGGGGGAAGGGGCAGGGCGGGGCGGCUGUGCGGGAGGCAAAGGUGGAGGGUCCUAGCUGGGCGGGGGGAGGCAGAGCAGAGGAGCUACAGGGAGCCCGCCACCCGGGCUGUCCUGCCUGGCUGCUUCCUCUGCCUUGCAGGGUCGGUGCAAUCGCAGCCCCGAGUCCCUGCAGCCUUCGGACUGAGGUGGCCUGCUGGUGCCCCAGGCCUUGGGCCAGCUGGCUGGAGGAAGAUCUGGCCAGAUAGUAACACCCUCCGCACCACGCUUUCCCAGCCUGCCUUCUGGCUGCCAUCAGACCAUACGUCAUCUCUCCCUGCCCCCUUAUUUUUGCUGCCUCUGGGGGGAGGGGGAGUGACAACUUAUGUUGAAACAGAGAUUGCAAUCUGUGUGCUAAUGUAGAUCCUUGCCCAAUACCUAGGGUAAGAUACGAUUUCUGAUCCCUUAUGGACCAUUGCCGUGGCAUAGAAUCACUGGGGCAAAGUACUGCCACUGCCCCUGCCACUCCUCCCACCUCACCUUCUCCUGGAAGAGAGGACCCCCACAGGGGUGAAUCCCUCUGACUGGUUUCAUAUGAUGUUAAUAAGAGGAGGCAGGGUGAACGCCCCACAGAAAGUAGUCCUUCAAAGAAUUACAAUUUUAAAAUGGCACUGCUGAGAGUGUAACUUAACCUAGCUUGCUAGCCUGUAGUAGCUCCAAUAAGAUAUGUGCAGUGAAUAAGCAAUGCACUCUUGAGUUGCUGUUUUGAUCUCCUGUGAAUAACAACUAGAGGUCAUGGAACCCAGUGACGAUAUCCUGUACUAGCAACACAAUGAUGCCCCUAGAUGACUGUUUCCUCCGUAUUAUACUGCCAGAAGAUAGUAAGUCAGAAAUCUACACAAGAAGCAGAGGCAGUAAUGAAUCUCCUACGACCAGUAAGAGCACCAGAAGCAGAAGUAAUAGCAGAAUUAAUUAUAGUAGAUGCAGUAGAGAAUAUGAAAGUGAAAGUUCUCCUAUUAAUUAUUCUGAUGAUUUUCUCACGGACUUUUCUGAAUCAGCUGACAAUAGCAAUAAUUUAGAACAGUCUGGAGCCAAAGAAAAGAAACUACAGAAGAGGAAAAAUAAGAAAAACGGUCAGUCAAAAGGAGGCAAGAAGUUGCCAUCUAAGAAGAUGCAACUCCAGAAUACUUCAUUUGUAAGUGCUCAGAAUAAUAUGGUAUUCCAGAAAAAAGAUGCUACGGCUCAACGCAUAUUAUCUGCAAGACUUCACAAAAUUAAAGAGCUGAAAAAUGAAUUGUCUGACCUCCAGCAUAAACUAGAAGCAUCAAACUUAGAAAAUCAGCUUCUGAAGCAGCUUCAGUAUCGGCACUUGAAAGCAAUAGGUAAAUAUGAAAAUGCAGAGAAUAACUUGCCUGAUCUUAUAGCAAAACAUUAUAGUGAGAUAAGAUCUCUAAGGGGACUACUUAGCAAAUCUCAGGAACAGGAGCGAAAUACAUCCAGGAAGCUUAGAGAAGUUGAAGCAGAGCUGUUAAAGACUAAAGAUGCCUUGCAACUAUUGCACAAACUUUCAGAAGACAAGAAUCUUGCAGAGAGAGGGGAACUUACUCAUAGAUUAUCAAUCCUUACAGAAAAAAUGGAAGCCAAUGAUAAGAGAAUACAGGGCUUAGAAAAGCAACUGAAGCUGAACAGUAGCAUCUUUAGUCGUCAGUUGGCAGCUGAGAAUAGAAAGACUGUAGCAGCUCGGACAAUCACAAAGAGCUUGCAAAUGGAAAUUAAGUCUCUACAACAAAAAAUUAAGGAAAAAGAACGAGAAGUUGGUAUAAAAAAUAUCUAUGCAAAUCGGAUGCUUAAAGGUCUACAGGACAAAACUGAUAUAGUACCUCGCAAAAAAGGUGUUAGUUUAAGCAAAUCAGUACAAGUAAACAAGCAGAAUUUUAAAUCUGUACUGGUGUCACAUCAUCAAACACAAGAAAGAGACAAGAGUGUAGCUUCGUUUAUGAAGGAGAAAAAGACAAUUGAAGAUAUUAAUCGACAUGUAGAAUCUUAUGAAGAUACAAAACAUAAGAUGGAAAUUGAACCAACCAAGAAACCAUCAAAGCAAGAAACUUCUAAUAGAAUAUGUAGAGAAUUUUUAAAUGAAGAAAUACAGCUUAUGGAAGAAAAAGCUCACUUUGAAUAUAUGGAAAGAAAGAAGAAAAAGAGAGAAGUGCAAAAAAGGAAAGCUGACUUACUGAAAGAAGAACUGGAAAAACUGAUGAAAGCAGGACAAACUCAAGUUAUCAAUGAUGUCUCAACAAGGAUGAAUAAUAAUCAGGAAAAAGUUGCAGCAGAAGAGAAUGAAGAGGAAAGAAAAAGUAAACGACUGAGUGACAAAGGAGAAGCAGAUGAAAGAAAUGCAGUUCCAAUGCAGAGAAACAGAACCCCCACUAGACUGAAAAAACAAUAUAUGUUCACAGAAGCCACUGAAAACUUGCAUCAAGGGUUUCCUGCAUCAGGUCCAGUGUCCAACCCAGUCAGCCUCCGCAAAAACAGACAAGCAGGUCGACACCAGAGUGAGAUAGCUGAAUUGAAGGGAAGAAAUUCAUUUGGCAUAUAUGUGCCAUCAUUUGGUAAAAUUACCAAAACAAGGCAGAAAGACAGUGCUACAGAUGAUGGGAGCUACAUUCAUACAACAGUAAUAGAGAGGAAAAACUUUCUUAUGGAAGAACUCUUUGGAUCAAGCUGUGCUUCAAACCAUUCAAUCCCUAACAUAAAAGGGUUUGAUAAAGAACCAACAAUUAUAGAAAAUGAGAAGUUACAUAAUUAUAAAAGUGAGUUUUUAAACACUGGCACUGAUCUGCAAUGUGGAGAUUCUAAACUUACCCCAGGAAAGUCUAAACUAACUUCAUCCUCAGACAUAAAAUAACUAUAGUAUUCAAUUGAUGCAUCAGUUACAUUGUUUAUCUUUAAUCUUUAAAUAUAUAGCAUGUUUAACAUUUGUUGAAAAGCAGUGUGUUGCCUACCAGUGUUUGUGGGAGGGGUGAGGGAGAGGUUGCAUUCAUUACUUGUGAGAUUUCGUGUAACUCUUACUAGAAUUUUUACCUGAAACAUUCUUUACCAAUAAACCUGAAAUGGCAUACCCAGUUACAGGAAAGUAUUUCUACUUAAUUGAUUGAACAUUCUUGAGCACAUAUAAAUGUACCAUAAUACAGAAUAUUAAAACAAUGAAUAUGCUAGCAGCAUCAAAAGGAAAACUGACAAGAGUAGAAGAGUAACACAUUAAAGGGCUUGUACUACAGAACAGCAAAAAAGACAAAUAGGGUUGAAAUACUGGAUUUGUAGGGCAAAAUCCUGUUCCUCCUGAAGCUAGUGGGCCAGGAUUUCACACAUUUGAAAUAUUUGUAUAGUAAUUUUUUAAUCUGAGCCCCCCUAGAUUAGCAAAGCACUUAAGCAAUUUCAUAACUUUAAACAGUUGGUCCUAGUGACUUCACUAUAACUAUUUCUGCUUAAAGUUAUGCAAGUACUUAAGUAUCUUGUUGGAUCAGGGUGUACACACUUGUAUAUAAGUGAUUUCUAACACUAUGCAAAUCUUAUGUAGCUAUAUUUUUAUCUAAUGGUGGCAUGACUCUAAAAGCUGCAGCAUUUCAGUAAUCUAGUGUCAAAACAAGAGAACAUGUCAUUACUUUAAAAAGUCAUAAAUGAAAUCUUGAAAUACUGGAGGCAGAUAGCAAAUCUUUUUUAGUGAAAAGUCUUCAGCUCUGGAACUCAAUCAUCCAUAUAAUCUACCACUGCUCAAGCGUAACAGGCAACCUUUGAAAUGUAAGGCUCUUCAGUCUGGAUUUCUAAGUGAGAUUUGUCAGAUGGCUGAGGCAAGUGAUUUGCUUUUAUGGUCAUUAUUUGGCCUUGACACAAUAAAAGUUUGAAAUAUCAUCCAAAAUUCAGACAAAUUAAAAUAUAUUUUCACUGUCUUCAGAAAGCUCUGAUGCCUUCAUGUGUUGCUACUGAAUGUUAGAAUUACUUCCUGCGACUUGCAUGGUCACUACCCCACUGCUGGACUCAAGUGAUGAAGUCUGCACUGUAUUUUGCCCACUGAGUAUGUUUUUCUGGAAACGUAGGGGAUGUCCAUUUCUCAAGCAGUCUUGCCUUGGUAUAAUAUUUUUGAUUUGGGUUUGUUUGUUUUCAAUUGGUAGCCACUUAAUGUAGGAUGCUUCAGAUCUAUACCAAGGAUCAAAAAGGAAUAAAAAAAUCCUUGAUUUAAUUUUCAAAAAAGCCAAGAACAAGUGGAACAGUAAUAUGAACAGCAAAUGUCCUGUAAUAGAUUCUAAUCACUUUUCAGGAUUAAGAUACACAUGCAGAAUAUUGCAUUUGGUACUUGACAGCUUUUUUCCUAAAGAUAAAAUACUUUGAUUACAUUUUACAAUGAAGCACUUCAAUGAUUGGUUUACUAUGAUCAAAAAUGCUUGGGGAAAAAUAUCUAUGAAAUAUCAAUAUUUCUCUUAUGUGAUUAUUCCCAUACCCAGCAUAUGGAGCAGUCACAUUCAAAAAAUAUCUAUCCAACACCUUUGUUCACAAUUUUCAGAGCCAAAACUUGCUUGUCCUUGUCUAGAGAAAUCAAUGGGAUUACUUUUGUGACUAAACAGAGCAAGACUUGGCCCAGUAAAUGUAACCAAAACAGUUACAAAUCUAUUGCUAAUGAAGCUUUUCUUUUGGAAGAAGAUACUGCUCCUUCAUUUCAAAACAAAUAAAACAAGACUUUUGAGCAUCAUCAGAUGCAUCUUGGGAAUCAAUGUUAAUAGCAUGUUUAAAACAAUCUGCUUUUAGUGCCUCAAAGUUUGUGUAUGUAAUACAUUAUUUUUAUCUCCUUAAGAAGGAACUACCAAUUAUCUAUCAAUAACAUUCUCACUAACUUUUCUAAAAUUUUAAUUAAAGUAAGUACAGCAUGAAUAAUCUUAUUUAAUGAAUAAAGAAACCCCAGGAUACACAUUCUCAAUCCUGUGGUUUUUUCCCAAGUGCUGCACAUAUUGUGCAUAAAUAUUAAUACUGGCUCAAUAUAACCAAUGUAAAAACAAAGUUAGAAAUUCACAAAUAAAAAAAGUUUCAUGCACAUACACAGGACAGAUCAUGACCUUAAAAAAAUCAUUCCUAAACAGUGUUCAUUAAGGAGGAAGAGAGGUGUGAGAAUUGGGCAUACUAGCUGAAUGUAGUAGAAAAGAUGCAGGUCCAUUGCUCAGGAUGAAGAGAUACUCCAGUGUUCCUCAACUCUGUCCAGGGGUUUUGUGUGCCCCUUUCCAUAUAUUUUUUCCAUGUCAGAGUGGAGGCACGUAGGGCUUAUAAAUCAGCAACACUGAAAAUCUACUGAUCACUGGCCUUUCAGGAAAGGAAUGAUAUGGGCAGCAGGGUAACCCAGUGGUUGGCAAAUCAGUUUUAUCACUGUUUGGCAGGCUAGUAGAGGAGGAUUCGGUCCUUCCUUACCCUGCAGGAUCGUAUGUAUCAAGUCUGUUUGGUUUAGCUUAACACUGGGGAAAGAGGAUUUACUCCAAAAAGUAAUGUUUUCCUCUGCUAAUUACCAUAUUCUUCAACAUUUUGUAUUAGAAAUCUGAAUCCCCGACUUAUUUUUUUGCCUUGUAGAGUGUCUUGGGCUAUCCUGGAAGAUGUUAACUCACAUUUUGAAAUAGGAGGAGACUGACCACAUCAUUCCUUUCAACACAGUGUAAGCUGGGGCCAUGCUCUGGCAUGUCUUUGAGACUACAGCUUUUCUCCCCCUUCCUGGGCCAAGACAGGAGGAGAAGGAGGAGGAAAAGAGACUUCAGGACCAGAGCAUGGCCCCAGUGAUAUUUUCUCAAAGUAGGGGCAAGAGAAGUAUUUUUGAGAGGGAGAAUUAGGUCCAGGGAUAGAAAGAGCCAUUUGGGAGACAAGGCAGAAUAUGUUUCAGCAACUGGGUCUCC